UCCACACGCAACGAUCUGUCUGCGCAGAUGUGAUGUGCGCAGACAGUUCGUUGCGCGUGGACGGGCCUUAAGUCUAGGGGACUGAUGACCUCAGAUGUUAAGUCCCAUAGUGCUUAGAGCCAUUUGAACUAUUUUUUUGAAUCGGCCUUUAAUAGCAACAUGUGACCGAUACAUAAGUGAAAUAAGCAAAUAAACAACCAAUUUUAAAGAAAAGCGUAAACUGAAAUUGCUGAUUAUGUAUUCAUGAAUCGUGGCAAAAAUGGUCGUGACCGCAGAUCAUUAAUAUUUAAUUAUUUAUUUUGUUCUGUUUAUGUAUUCUUUACUUCUAUUGUUAUUGGCAUCCAUUAAGUUCUCCUUCGUCAUCAGUAUAAAGUCACCGAUAUUCACUGCGUACAAAACAUUAAUGUCCUUGAACGCUCCAGGAGGCGCAGAGAACCACGUCAACAGAAAUAUCGCAACAGGCGAGUGUCUGUGACUCUGUGACGCUGUUUGGGAGUGUGGUAGAAACAGUGCGAUUUGAUACGCAGUUUAAUAAACAAUGUCUUCAUCGGAAGAAUCUGAAUUGAAAGCAGGUCAUCCUCCGGCUGUGAAAGCUGGAGGGAUGCGAAUUACGCAGCACAAGUCCCCAAAGGAAGAAAAAGAAACGAAGUCCACGAAAGACAAAGAUUUUUCAGAAUCCGAAGGGAAUUCGGCUUUGAAAGUUUCUACAAGUCCUCCAAAAUCUUUGACAAUAUCAGGAGCACCAGUGAGAGGCCAUGCUGAUUUUCCCACUGAGGCAGUGCAGAGUUUUCAUGAAAAACCAGUGCCAACACAUGAUCCACGCCAUACUCCAUCCAAUAAGCCAAACAUAAUACAUCAGCCUCGCAAGUAGGCUGCUCAGGACAUACGGGUUUACUACUGUUUUUACUACAGUCAAUAAUUAUCCAUGGUGUCUUGCCAGAUUUGGAACAGUCUUUAAAGCAUUUUUUUCUCAUAUUUUGUCACAUUGAGGUUUUGGGCAUUUCUUUUUCUGAAGACACUAUUUUUUUCCAUGUCAGUGUCUUGCAAAUCUUCUGUUACUCUCAAAGACUGAUAAGUACCUGAAAAAAUAGGUACAGAUGCAUUUAUGUGUCAGCUGUGGAUCUGUGGGACCAUAAUUGUAUGCAUUUUACAUAUAUUAAGACAACAUCUAUUCUUUUGGAGUAUCAGCUGUUUUUCAGUUAUUUUCGAUUUAGUGAGAGUAAAUUAUUUGUAGUAACAUUUAAUAAAUAUUUCUGAGUGAGUAUAUCAGUGUUAACUAAGGAAUAACAAGAAUGACUGUUUUUUUGUAAUAUAGAAAAUAAUUUUUGGUCUAUAUAAUAUUAAAUGAUAAUGGUAGCAUAUAUCAAGAAAAUGUAUCCACUUAUGAGAAACAGAUGAUGUUCAGCAAUUUAAUUCCUGUUGUUAUUGAAGUAAUUCACAUUUUGAGACAGUGAUUUUACUAUUGUAUGCAGGUAUUAUGCGCUUAAAAUAGUAAGGUGAUUGGGUAUUAAUACUGUUGGAAUAAAUAUGUUAACAAUA